GGGGUGGAGCUGUCUGUGGCUGUGGCUGCUGCUGCCUCGGGAGACGGCGGAGCGGGCGGGGCGGGCUGUCGCCUCCAGGCCUCACGUCCACCUGCCCACCCGCUCCCACUGCGGUCAGUCGGCGGGGUGUGCGCCGGGCCGAACCCAUGGCGGCGUCGGCGGCCCUGUCUGCGGCUGCGGCGGCUGCCAUGUCGGGCCUGGCGGUGCGGCUGUCUCGCUCGGCUGCGGCCCGCGGCUCGUACGGCGCCUUCUGCAAGGGGCUCACGCGCACGCUGAUCACCUUCUUCGACCUGGCCUGGCGGCUGCGCAUGAACUUCCCCUACUUCUACAUCGUGGCCUCGGUGAUGCUCAACGUCCGCCUGCAGGUGCGGAUCGAGUGAGCGCCCGCAACCACCGCGCGGCCGCGACGGCAGGGGCGCCGGCAUGAAGCUCCGCGGGACCCAGGGCCGCCGGGACGCGGCGGGGGAAGGAGAAGGGGCGGCCCGGGCCCCCGGACCCUAGACCUCGGCGGAGGUCACGGCCACCGAGCCCCAAGCCCCGGUUCUGGUCACCCACGUCGCGGCCGGUGACGAACUGUACAGAAACUCGCGAAACGAGCCCUUUCCAUCGAACUCGAGAAAAUUACGAGUGCGGCCGACCUGUUGCCUCACCUUGGGCGAAGUGGGGAGCAGAAGGAAGAAAUUCUGCAGCAGGAACGUGAAUGACUGGCCCUGACCAAAGAGGCUGGCCCCUGGGCCCAGCAUCUCACGGGAGAGUCUCCUCUGGAUGGGCCUGCAUUGGUCCUUGAGGCCUUGGCUGCGCUGCUGACUGACGCCCCAGGAGCGGUGCAGAGGGGAGGCAGGACAGACCCUGGCCCUCACCCCGCACCGCUGCCACGUCUGCUCGGGCGGUGGUUGCUCAUGGUCGAUGCACUCAGAGUUCCUGGGGCUGAGCACCCCAGCAGCCUGGUUGCCCCCAGGACAGAGCGGCCGAGCCUCACACCAUGUGCCCUCGUCAGCUGCCCAGCUGGAGCCCGGGUCCCAGCUGAGGAUCUCUGCCUGCCUACCCCAGGGCCGGAGGCUGCACUGCGGCCACCACGUGCCCCCCACAGAUGCCCACCGACGGGGCCUGAUGGCUUCCUUCCUUGUGCCAAGUCACCCGGGAGCCCUGGUCCUGGUGGCCCUCCUCCAGCCCAACUGUGCCCACCCAGGGCCACUUCUGGGAGCCUGCCAGCCUGCGGACUGCAUCCCCGGAGGUCUGGGCACAGCCUCUGAGAGACUGUGCCACGGGGCUGCAUGGGAGGAGAGCAGAGGACGAGGGGCCUCCUUGGGGCUGAUUCGCAGACGUGCCCCUUUCAAGCCCAGCUCUCACCCUCCGGGUGGCUCGAUCUCCAGCUCCAGCCUCUUGCUGGGCCAGCCUGAGAGGGCCUGAGAAUGGCACAGGGGAGGCUCUUCACUGACCGCGUGGGUGCCCAUGUGUGAGUGCGCGUGUAUGAGUGUGUGCGGGUGUACGGGUGUGAGCGCGUGUGUGUGAGUGAACGUGCGGGUGUGAGCGUGUGUGUGAGUGCUUGUGCACACACACGAGUGGCUGUGCGUUGCAGCGGGCGCGGAGCUGUUGAGCAGAGUGAGCUGUGCAGGGUGCCCUGUCCUCCCUGGGCUCGGGGCUCAGCUAGAGCUGCCUGGGGCUGCUUCCCAACAGGGAGAAUGCGCGCUGGAGGCCCAGGGGCCCGGGCUCAGAGACCCCCUCCCACCCAUCGUGGGAGGAGCACGGCGGUGGCCCUGGCUGGGGCUGUCUGCGCUCUGAGGGGCUGGCCGUGGGAGGGGCUGGGGACGCGUCCUUAGCAUGCACUCCUGCCGCGGCUGUUCUUACGGUUCUGGCCCCGAGUUCUGAGCUGCUUCCGCUUCCCCACCUCUUCCUCGUCUCCCCCGCUGGGCCCUUGCUGCUUGACGGGCUCUCAGAGCACUUUAUUUAUUUGCCGUCUGUUUCUCAGGCAGUGGAGCUUUUACAAAAUCAGACACCGACUUGAAUAAGACAACUUCCACUUUGCUGUGUGUGAUGUACGCUGCACCGGGCAGCAGCGUCUGGUCAGAGAAAGGUUCUUGUCUCGGGUGUUGUCAAAUCUUGUUGUCUGUCUCAGUUAAGAAGAAAGUCCUUUGAGUUCAAUCAAAUAAAACCUGGAGGCCUCCUGUUUCUGCCGCCUCGGAGGAGAGAGGGGCGGCGAGCUCACCCCACUCUGGUGGCCGGGAGCUGGGGGAGGGGAGCACCCCGAGGGCUCUAAGGGGGCGGGGCUGAGGGCGGGGCUGGUGCCGGGUCAGAAGAUGAGGCGAGACCCGAGCUGACCCGGACCACUGCUCCCGUGAGGGGAAGGCAGCAGCACAGGCCUGGCCCAACAGGUGGCACUUUGUCUCAUUCACAAACUUUAUUUGAAUCAACUGACGCCUAGGCCUUUUCUUCAUCUUAGAGGCUGGUGUUAGAAGGCGCGUAAUUCAGCUGAACCCCGAGGGUGGGCUGCGGUAGGUGAGGUGGAAUGGACUGUCUGCAGAUCAUUUUGUGUCCCCGAAGGCCCUUCCGCAGCCGCAGGUGGCAGGGUCUCCAUCACCUCCCAGCUGGCCAGGUGGUGUCUGAGUUUCGGAGAAGAUCAGCCUCUGGGACUAGAAACCUGCCUCCCUUACUCCCACCUUAGACGCAAGCUGUCCCGGCAGAGAAGCUGGGGCAGGGGCUCUGAGGCUGCUGCAGGGGGAGGGUGGGCCGAGGACAAAGGGCUGGGGAGGGACGCCUGCAGGGGAGGGCAGCACCCGCCUCAGAGGAAUGCAGGCCCAUAGGACCCAGGAGAGGGGUGUCCUGAGGACUCGGGGUGUGGUCACACGAGGAGCGCAGCCUGGGGUAAGACACCUGUCGUCAAGAGCUCCGCAGGGGUCAGAGCAACUUGAUAAGAGGGUCUCUUCCAGCAUUCGCCACCCUAGGAGGGAGGGGUAGACUCCAGUCCCGGCCAGAGCCCCGAGCUUCCCGUCCCUUAGUCCAGAUGGUCCUGUUCAGUCCCUGAUGGUUCUGCACCCACUUCAGGGACCAGGUAGCCUGGCACAGCCAGAUGGGAGAGAGGAUCCAGCACCCAGGGGCCAAGGGACCGUGAUGAGGGAGGACCGUGUUCCCCCGCGAGGGAGGCAGGCAGGCUGGCGCAUCACACUCUGGUUAAGAGGGGCGCCUAGGACACCAGAGACCUGCGCGCUGAGCCCAGCUCUUCCACUGACCACAGCGGAGCCCCAGGCCAGCCACGGGCACUCGUGCAUUUUCAGAAAGGAGCCUUCAGGGUGCUGUGGGCCUUCAGUGUGAGGAUGUCUCUUCAACAAAUGGCCCCAGGUCUCAGCCAGAGCAGCCCUGUCACCAUGAGGAAAGGAAACGAACUGGCAGGUGACGAGAGCCUGCCGAGCUCCAGGCACCAUGCCUUAACCUCAUCAUCCCCAUGGCCACCUUCUGGAGGAGGUCACCACUAGGAUGUCACUGAGGUUGAACCUCGAGCUGGCCUCAGGCCGUCGGAGGCUCCUCACCCUUCCCCGCUCCUUGGGAUGCACGUUCUGCCCACUGUUCCCACAGCCAGAGCCCUUUUGAGGAUGCAGCCUUGAGAGAGUAAGGCGUCUCUGGGACUAUCUGGACUGAAUAUGUGACUGAAUUCCAUUAAGACCUCUGUACAAACUUUUAAGAUUCUGCCAGGUGGGUGGGGAGAUCUGCUUGUCUUGUGCACUCAAGACAAGCCUCAUCUGUAAGUUCACUUGCUUAGUAACCGUGCCCCCUUCCCAGUCUGGAGUGGUCUGCUUCUUUCUAGGUCUCUCCUUGCCUUCUGUGUACAGGACCAGUUUGCAAACCAGCACCACGGUUAUCCCCAUUUUUUGGAGAAACUGAGUCUCGGAGCCCAGUCUGAACUAGAAGCCCAAGCAGAAGCUGCUUUCCUGAGGCCCCAGUACCUCCUGGAGGGGCAGGGAAUUAGGCUGGAGGAGUGGUGCAAGGACACAGUCUGAAGGCGACCCUGGUCUUUCUGGGUAGGGGCCAGGGGACAGAUAAGGAACCCAGGGCUUGGGGGCGGAGCUGGGAGCCUUAGCAACGUGGAGCUCCCCAUUGGAGCAGCUGGGGCCACGCUGAGCUGGGGCCACGCUGAGGUGGGGCCACCUGUCUUCUUGCGAACCUCCCACCUCUGCAGACUGACUGGGAUCCAAGCAACUGAGUCAGGGGAGGGCGAAAGAGCAGCUGAGAGGGCAGUUCCAGGAGGGCCAGUCAGAACCCAAUACAGUCAGAACACGAGAGAGAGACAGCAUACAGAGUCCCAGCCCAGGCCACCCCGAGGGAAACUGCCCAGUUUCGGAUGAAUUUUCACUUUGUGUGCAUGUCCUUUAUAUAUGUAAAAUUAGGAACAUAUGACUUUUUUCACUUUAUGACAUAAACACUUCCUGCUCAUCUUCCUGUGUGAUGAAGUACGCUUCUGCUUCCAAAGCCACAGAGUAUCUCUGGUAUGAAGCUCUCAUCAUGUAUUUCGCACUGCCUCUUGCUUGUUUUCCUUUGUUGUUGUUUGUUUGGGGGGUUGAGUUUGAGGUUGUUGUUGGCUUUGGUUUGCUUUUGUGGUUUUUAUUGGGUUUUACUGAUGACGCGGUGACAGGUGUCCUUGUGGAUAAAUGCUGUGCUGCAGUCAUGGUCAAUCUUUUACCAUACACUCCUGCACGUGGGCCGCAGGGUAGGCACGCCUCAGGGGUUUGACACCCUCCAGAGCAGCGGUGCCACGUUACUGUGCUCAUGCCACUCAGGAGUGACACUGUUGUCAGACGAGGGUGGCAAUUGUGGGUCACAACACGUUUCAAAAUCUGUUACUGCCUUUCCUGCCUCAAGCUGGGUGCAAAACUCUCUCCUCAAGAUCAGUGUAAUCUUUCAUUUAACUCAUCAUUUCCCUCAAACUCUUCCUUUCCCAUCAUCCCCAGUUCACGGCUAGAAUUAAAUCCACUCUCCAGUUGUCCUGGGAUAAAGUCGUGGUUCCUUUCUUUCUGCUCCUCAUCUUUGCCUGUAGCGAAGUCUCAAGACAGGUUUUGAAUCUCUCAAUUGGAUAAGCCAAAUUGUUUAUUUUGAUAUUUUAUUUUGCAUGCCUUUCAAUACAUAUCAAGAUUACAUUUUUUUCAUAUGUCCAUUGGCCAUUUGUAGUUUUCUUUUAAAUUGUAGGGACUAAUUUUUUUAUUGAGAUAUAAUUGACAUAUAAAUUGUGUACCUUUAAGGUGUACACAUGUUGGUUUGGUACAUUUAUAUAUUGCAAUUUGAUUACCACCAGUAGUGUUAGCUCACACCUCCAUCAUAUCACAUAAUUAUCAUUUCUUUUUUGUAGUAUGAAUCAUUAAGAUCUAGUCUCUUAGCAACUUUGAAGUUUAUGAUACAAUAUUGUUGACUAUAAUCACUAUGCUGUGCAUUAGAUCUCCAGAACUUAUUCAUCUACUUGUUGCAAGUGUGUAUCCUUAAAUAACUGAUCCCUGAUUUUCCCGCCUCCCAGCCCCUGCUAACCAUCAUUCUACUCUCUGUUUGGCUUUCUUGGAUUCUACAUAAUGUAACAUCAUAUAGUAUUUGUCUUUUUCUGUUGUUCUUGUCUCACUUAGCAUAAUGCCCUCAAGGUCCAUCCAUGUUGUCACAAUUGGAAGGACUUCCUUCUUUUUCCACUACUGAAUAAUAUUCCUUUGUGUGUGUGUGUGUGUGUGUGUGUGUGUGUGUGUAUCUCACAUCUUCUUUAUCCAUUCAUCCACUGAUGGAUAAUUAACCUUUUUUAUUUUUAAAUGGCCACACCACGUGGCUUGUGGGAUCUCACUUCCCCAACCAGGGAUUGAACCCGGGCCAUGGUAGUGAAAGCCCAGUAUGCUAACCACUAGGCCACCAGCGAACUCCCCACUGAUGGAUACUUAGAUUGUUUCCAUAUCUUGGCUAUUGUGUAUAAUGUUGCAAUAAACAUGGGAGUUCAGAUA